GUCGGCUGCGGACGGGGCGGGGCGGAGCCUCCUCCUGCACGGGGGAGCCCCCGAGCUCGCCCCAGCUCAGACACUCCUAGCCUUGGGGCAGCUGCCGGGCGAGUCCGCGGAGUAGCGGCCAGCGGGCGAUGGAGACAGAGAGACACCCGACGAGAGGAGGCGGGGUGGGGGAGGCGGGGAGAGUGCGGGGGCGGAGGCUGGCAGGGGGCGCUGGAAGCUGGAGCGGUCCGUGCGCUCCCCGCGCCCGAGGGUGCAGGAGGCUCUGAAGCGGCUGCUGCACCGCGGGGCCCAGGCGGCGGCUGGGGGGCUGGGGGGCGCUGCCGCCGCCGCCGCCGCCGGGGGCGUCGCUGGCCUCGGCCCCUUUGUUCUCGCGCGCUCCCCCUCGCCGCCCACUCCCCUGCUGUCGCGCGGCGGCGGCGGUGGCGGCGGCGGCGGCUCCUCCCGCCCGAGGCAGUCGGGCUCGGCGCCGGGGGCGGGAGGGGGCGGGGGGAGCACGCCAGCCGCCGAGAGUGGGGGGCGAUGGCGAAGCUCCGGGUGGCUUACGAGUACACGGAAGCCGAGGACAAGAGCAUCCGGCUCGGCUUGUUUCUCAUCAUCUCCGGCGUCGUGUCGCUCUUCAUCUUCGGCUUCUGCUGGCUGAGUCCCGCGCUGCAGGAUCUGCAAGCCACGGAGGCCAAUUGCACGGUGCUGUCGGUGCAGCAGAUCGGCGAGGUGUUCGAGUGCACCUUCACCUGUGGCGCCGACUGCAGGGGCACCUCGCAGUACCCCUGCGUCCAGGUCUACGUGAACAACUCUGAGUCCAACUCUAGGGCGCUGCUGCACAGCGACGAGCACCAGCUCCUGACCAACCCCAAGUGCUCCUAUAUCCCUCCCUGUAAGAGAGAAAAUCAGAAGAAUUUGGAAAGUGUCAUGAAUUGGCAACAGUACUGGAAAGAUGAGAUUGGUUCCCAGCCAUUUACUUGCUAUUUUAAUCAACAUCAAAGACCAGAUGACGUGCUUCUGCAUCGCACUCAUGAUGAGAUUGUCCUCCUGCAUUGCUUCCUCUGGCCCCUGGUGACAUUUGUGGUGGGCGUUCUCAUUGUGGUCCUGACCAUCUGUGCCAAGAGCUUGGCGGUCAAGGCGGAAGCCAUGAAGAAGCGCAAGUUCUCUUAAAGGGGGAGGAGGCUUGUAGAAAGCAAAACACAGAAGGUGUACUCAUCGGCACGCGUCCACCUGCGGAACCCGUGUUUCCUGGCGCAGGAGAUGGACAGGGCCACGACAGGGCUCUGAGAGGCUCAUCCCUCAGUGGCAACAGAAACGGGCACAACUGGAAGACUUGGAACCUCAAAGCUUGUAUUCCAUCUGCUGUAGCAAUGGCUAAAGGGUCAAGCUCUUAGCUGUAUGGAGUAACUAUUUCAGAAAACCCUAUAAGAAGUUCAUUUUCUUUCAAAAGUAACAGUAUAUUAUUUGUACAGUGUAGUAUACAAACCAUUAUGAUUUAUGCUACUUAAAAAUAUUAAAAUAGAGUGGUCUGUGUUAUUUUCUAUUUCCUUUUUUAUGCUUAGAACACCAGGGUUUAAAAAAAAAAAAAAGGUGAGGACAUCUGGGUCUCAUUUGCUUCUGCUAGAUUAAACUUUUACUUGACAACAAGGAUUCCUGCUGAAGUCUGAACGUUACUGUGUAACCCUCAGUUUCCACUAUUAAAGAGUAUCUUUUGA